GGCGGCAGCGGCCCCGGAGCCAGCGCGCCUGCCCGGCCGGUGGCGGCUGCGACGACGGAGGCGGUCGGGUGGGCAGGCAGCGGAGGAGGAGGAGGAGGAAGAGAAAGAAGGGGUCUCCGGGCCGGGAGGGCCGGGCCCCAUGGGCGGGUGUGUGGGCUCCCACCACGACUCCUCGGGCAGCCUCAACGAGAACUCGGACGGCACCGGAGUUGCACUAGGUCGUAAUCAGCCCCUGAAAAAGGAGAAACCAAAAUGGAAAAGUGAUUAUCCAAUGACAGAUGGACAGUUGCGCAGCAAGAGAGAUGAAUUUUGGGACACAGCACCAGCUUUUGAAGGCCGCAAGGAAAUCUGGGAUGCUCUGAAAGCUGCAGCACAUGCAUUCGAGAACAAUGAUCAUGAACUGGCUCAAGCAAUCAUUGAUGGUGCAAACAUAAUGUUACCCCAUGGUGCUCUUACCGAGUGCUAUGACGAACUGGGAAACAGAUACCAGCUUCCUGUCUACUGCCUGGCCCCACCUAUCAACAUGAUAGAAGAGAAGGGUGACCUAGAGACUCUGGAUAUUCCUGAUCCACCACCCAACUCUGGUCAUGAAUGCCAGCUUCGCUUACGCCUUUCUACAGGCAAAGACCUCAAACUUGUAGUCCGCAGUAUGGACACUGUGUAUCACAUGAAAAGAAGACUGCACACAGUGGAGGGUGUGGAGCCCAGCAGUCAACGGUGGUUCUUUUCAGGCAGGCCAUUGGCAGACAAAAUGAAACUGGAGGAGCUCAAAAUACCAAGGGACUAUGUAGUGCAAGUCAUUGUGAGCCAGCCCUUAAACCCCACCCCAGUGGAAAACUGACUUUACCUUUUUGACUCUCCUUUCUUCUUCUUGCUCUUUUUAUCAUGUGGGGUUUUUCACUCUUUUUCUUCUAUCUUGUUAAUGGAUUGGUUCCAAGCAAUGACCAGCAAAAAUUCCAUCUGUGAUGGAGCUUUAGGGGAUGCACACACACACACACACACACACACACACGGAGUCUAUAACUGCCCCUGGAGAGUUUGCCCAGUUUAAUAUUUAACACCACAGUAAGAAACUCCUAACAAAGUAAAUGGGAAAAUGGGAGCUCAUAGUUUAAACAUGAUAGAGUCACAAACAAUGCUUUGAACUGUAAGUGAAGUAUUGAUCCGUGAAUGUAGAAAGCACUUUUUAAAGGAUUAAACCAAAUUGAAGUAUUUCAUGAAAUCAGCAACACUUACAGUUCAGCCAAUCAGUGUAGCUGUUUUGAUGGAUCUAAUGUGCUGUGACAUUUGUAGGGAUUGUUUCUACUCUUGUUUCACUUACUUGCUCAAUGAGGCUAUUACUUAAAGAGGCUGAUAAAGGACCCUGUGCCUAAGACAGACUUUUUGUAUUCUGAUAAUGGCGUGUUUGAUCCCUUGUGCAUACUUUUUAUACCAGAUUUGGUACAUUCCAAGUUAGCAACAAAUCGUCAUUUGCUUCAGUAUGUGGUAAAUAACUGCCUUCUGAAAAAUUAGGCAAUAAUUUAGUACAUGCAUAAAUUUUACAGAACUCAUGGAAUGAAACGAUAAUGGCUACAAGCAAACUUCUAUUGUUUACUGUCACCAGAAAAUGGGUUUACCAAAUUAUUGUACAUCACUCUGUCUAGUUAAAAAGCUCAUUAUUAGGGGAGCACCAGCAAAACUACACAGAACUUCUAUUAUGCUAGUCUCUAAUGCUUUUACUCAAAAUAGUAACUUUUCAAUCUCCUUGAAUCAUAGCAAUAGUUGUGAAAAUGAAAGAGAAAAGCACAGGAACUUCUCAAUUUUAUACACAAGGGUGUGCAACUUCCUGGUGAAAUGUAUAAUCUUAUUCAGUAAGUCUGGAUACGGCCAUCUACCUUCCUAAAGAGAUGAAAGGAAGGAUGAAGAAGAUUUCUGACAUUGUAGUUCCUAUAUCAAUCUCAUUGCUCAAACUUUAUGUUAUAGCACUGGAUCUUGAAAUACUUUUUGAGAAAUAUGCAUUGUGUUGCAUAAACACUUUCUACCCCAAAUCCCUAGAUACUUUGGUAUCUUCUUGGAGGUGGGAAACUUACAGAAAGGAGUGCAUUUUAUUGGCUAAUGAAAAAUGUUUCACAUCCACAGAACUUUUUCAUUGGAGAGUAAAUUUCAGUUGCCCUUUAACUUCUCUGCCAUUGAUUCAGUUGUGCUUUUUCAUACUUGUGUGUCUGACAGUUUAUAGACUACAUCUGUGCAUCAGAAUGGAUAAGGUUCUGUUUUUCUAGUUAAAAGAUUUCAAAAUGUCCUACCUUUCAUUUAUUAAUAGUCUCUCAGACAAUGACUGUAGCAAUAUCAUCCAGUAUUCUCCCUUUAGAAUGUGAAAGCACUUUGGGGGAAACUGGUAAUGGUCUUUGAUAGAACAAUGACCAGUUAAAUUUGGUCAGUUAAUCUUGAAUAAAGCAACCAUAAAGCAAAUUGCCCCUUUUAAAAAAAAGUUUGUCUAGCUGUUUUGCUUAGCUUCUGUGAACUUCUGUUAUGUCAUUUGUUCUGUUUUGUUUUGAUGUGGACAUACUCAUGUUAGCAACACUGUUAAGUUUUCAGGAAUCUUUCACCAAGUACUUUUUUCUUGCUAAGCACCAAAUCUACUUGUCAGUUUUUAUGUGGUGCUCUUUCUCCUUUUUAUCUCAUUAUGUUGACUUGAAAAGCAUGAAUUUUGUCCGCUGACAGUGCAAUCUGGGGUGUAUUGAAAAGAGCUACACUACUUAAGUGUCCUACAUACUAACCUAGCCUUACUUGGGUCAUGGUGCUGCGACAGCUAAGAACCACUAGACAAGUGAAAAAGAAACUUUUAAGAUCAUAGAACUUUCAGUGUAGAAAAAACUACAAGUUUUUAAAGGGAGACAUGAUAGUCUUAAAGGGAGUCAUAGAAUCUGAAUUCAUAUUUGGAACUACAUGCCAUGUGGACAUGAAUGUUACCAUUGCACAUCACAAACACAUCUCUCUUUUUGAUUUCUCAGUGUAUUUUAUGUCCAGAUAACAAUGCCUGUCAGCAAUGCAAAGCAAAAGAACAUCUGGGUCCAAGGUAUUAACUAAGUUCCUCACUUUUCCUGGUACCAUCCAUGGUCACUUUCACUACUAUUAAAAGCAAAUACUUCAUUAAUGAAGACAAAAUGGUGCAGAACCUGCAUCUAUUACUAAGCUUGUAUAUUAAAACAUUUGCUAUAAAAUUGGGAUAUAUAAACAAAGUAACUGUGAAUCUUUCCUAACUCAUUGUACACACUGAAUUUUUUAAAAAUUGGAUUGCUGCACACAGACUUUAAAAGCUGUAUCACUUAGUAUGUCUUCUGGGUUUUCAGCCAUGCAUUUAUGUCUAAUAACAGUUCCUUUGCCUUUCUAAAUACAGAUGUUGCUAUAGUGUGUGUGAGCCAUAUCCUUUACAUACCAGAAACAUGCCUUGCAAAAUAAAGUACGUAUCUGUUGUUCUUUUAUAUUUUUAAGACAAUUAUAAAGGGGGACAAAAUUAUUAUAGCUGUUUAAGAAUGGACUAAGCUAUGAGAUUGCUAAUGACUUCCAUAAUUUCUGCUGUCCUUUUAAGAAUGAAUUUUCCCAGAUUAUGUGAAAUAACUUCCUAAAUCAUGUUGCUUGAUAGUACAGUUUUACAUCAAGCAUUUUAAUGAUUUGGAAAGUUGUCAGCUGUAAAAUGCUCUGCAGCAAUAUACAUGUUCUCAGAGAAAAAUUAGAAGAGGAUAAACGUUUUCACACACACUUCCACCCCUUUUACGAAUGCAGUAGAAACUCUGCAGAAUAGGAUUUGGCUACAUUACUUUUUCACCAUUUCUUCUUAUCCUUUUCUUUCAUAAAUAUGUACAAAUCAGGGAGUGUGAAGGAAUAAAAACGUUUUUGAAUGACAGUUUUGAAGGUGAUGAUAUGCAAAUGGUGGCCAGGUACUGCUCUCCUGAAAAAACCUGAAGCCUUACUCUCAUCGUUCAAUUAGAGUGGAAUACUUUUGGAAGGAAUUGUUGACUAUUCCUCUAAUGAAAAUGGUGCAAAGAUUCUGACAGUAGUGGAGGACCAUUUUGAAAUGUGCAUAAAUGUAUGUGAAUGGUAAACUGAUACUAUAUCCCCUUUUGCACUCGAAGUUUUGGAGCUCAUUCACUCUGAACAAAUAAUCCCUUGGGAAUCAGUUUUACUCUAUGUAAAAACUGCAUGUAUCCCAGAACAAAAUAGAAGCCUGUGCUAGUGUUUGUGCUUCCCCCUCUGGAAAGAGCUGAUUUUAAGGGAUAACCCUUGACUAAUGAUGUGAUGCAAGGCAAGAAUUUCUUUUGUGGCUUUGAACAGGCAGUUAAAAUGAGGAAGUAAGCUGUGGCUUUCGCUGUCAAUCUCUAACCCCCAGCAACUUCAUUCAUUACUGUAAGGGAAGAGCAGUUCAAGCAAGCACUGUUAAGUACAUUUGCAAUUGGUCAUUUGUCUGUAGAUCGGAUCCUGACUCACUACUGGAUCACCCUAUUUUGUGCUGGAGACUGACCAUCCUGGUCUAGACCUUUUCCCCCAGGCUGAGAAUAUUUAAGAAGGUAACGUACUAUGAAGGCAGAACACUUGACUACAAGCUAUCAAGUACGUGCAGUAACUCAACAGUUUUCCUUAUGCCUACAACAAAUUUAUGUGCUGCUGCUCCUAAUCAACACUUGCCCCCAUGGUAGUGAAUUAUUUCUAGAAAUCUACGGUGGUGGCAGGUCUGUUUAGCAGAGAGAUUUGGUUUUCAUGCCUGUUAUUGCAAAGGUGUCACUAGCACAUGACCCACAAGUAAUAGACUUUGUAAUCUGCUUGUCCUGGAAUAGCUUGAAAGGCAAAAGGACAGCAGUGCUGCAUUAAAGAAGGAUGCUUAGUUGCUUACUAUCCUCCAUCCUGUUUUGAAAAAGAAACGUGACGAGUUUUAUCCGGGGCGUAUUUGUAGCAUGAGCUUUUCACGCAGUCUACCUUGCUACCAAUCACUUUAGGAUGAACAGUGAGUUUAAGGAAACUUCCAUAUUUAUAUUAUACUUUCCUCAAUUUCUAAAAACAACUAAUGUUGCAAAAUGAUUUGAUGCAAAAUCCCAAUGUGAUAAACUUGGUGAGCAAAGAUAAUAUCCCCCACUUUUAAAAAUAUUUUAGUUCCAUGGUUCAUUUAUGAAAACCAUAACCUGAAUUCAUAUUAUUGUGAAAAAGCAAUGCAUUCCAUUGGGUCACAAUAUUUGAUAUAACAAAAAGAUUAAUGUCACUAACAAAAUGAGGAUAAUGGUCCUGCAUACUAAGUGCAUUGCUCCUUGGGGGAAAACAUUAAAAAAAUACCUAAUAGAUGUGUGCAAUUUCGUGCUGUUUUAAGAAACUAUUUUAGCAAUACAAUCAUAAACACAUUUUUCUCUUAAUUGGCCUCUCUCUUGUUGCUUAAAUGUUAUGGUUAUGCAUAUCUCUGAAACUUCCUUUUUUAAAAAAAAAGUACUAUGCCUGCCUUAUGUCAUUUUUGUUUAAGAAGAAUAUAUGGAUAGUUUUGAUAGGGUCUAAAGAAGUUUCUUUAGACAUCUGGCAGUAAUAUUUCUUCUUAGGUGUACCUCACAGGCCUCUUCUCCCAGGUGGAAAAACAGGGUACACCUAACAAUGUGAAUGGUGGAAAGAAAUCUCUGGAAGUUUUUAAAUUGAAUUUAGGCAGGAGCAUCUUUUUUUCAGUAUGUUCAAGGUGAGUGAAACAACAUUGUCAGCCAUGUCACUGGUUCUUUUGGUUAAUGGCCAUUAGACUAGUCAGUUGUCAUUUUACAUCCAGUAUUUUAAAUUUAAUUCAGCAAUUCUUUUGCUAUCUUUCUUUGCUUUAGGUGCUAUGUAAAUUUCAAUUCCAUUUAUCGAGAGUCCAGGAUAACCAGAAAUGUAAUUCUGCUUUUCAGGGAGGUGUGUAUUGUGGUGCAUAUCAGUAAGCUUAUAAGCACAAAUAGUAUAAAGGUAAACUAAGGAUUCGUUUAAAUCAGUUGAUUCCAUUAGGAGAUUUGAACUGCACAGGGCUAAUACUAUAGGGCAAUCCGUUAAGAAAUAUGUUUAAUUCCUUUGACUAUGGCCAUGUAUUGGGAUUUUUCUUGAUACUGUGCAAAUAAUCUGUGAAACCAACCCAUACUGACAAAUCAAAAAUGUCAUAUCGUCAUAGGGAAUAUUAAGAAUGCAUCAGGUCACUUAACGCCCUUUUGUGGCAAUUGAAUUUAGCCAAAGAUGGGCGAAAAGUUAAAGGAAUUUUUUUAAAACCCACAUAAUUUUCUGGGGCUUUAACUAAAAUGAUAAAAUGGUCUUCUGUCAAGGACCUUACUGGUGCCUCUCUUCUCCAUGUCCUGGGGAUGUCUAGAAACUGGAGAUAGCCUUUUGAGCAAUGUGUACAACGUUGUAUACUAGGCAGCUGGAGGUGUAUAAAGACACUCUUCUUAAAUGCGUUAUGAGCAAAGGACUUGGGUUUAAUGUCCUAUUUGCCUCAUGGUAGUGGCUUCCAAAGAUGGCUGGUACCAUCAAUUUGUAUUUCUUGAAUAAAUAUCUUCUCUUUUCUGGUAAAUCUUUUUGUACAGUGUUUGUUCUGUGCCAUGUAUCAAACGUUCAUGUAACAUGGGAUGAGAUGGUUGGUAAUCUGGUACCAAUACAGAAAGAGCAUCAGUGGCUAAAAAGGGAAACUGGGUGAGGGGAAAUACAGUGAUACUACAUUUUUUCCUGUAACUUUUAUAAAAUUAAAGAAUCUUUUAGCUGUACACACAGGUUGUGUGAAACUUUUUUCACAGGGUCUUUCAGCCCAAGGAUGAAUUCUUAAUCCUAUCUUGAAAUGGAGGAGCAUUUGGGUUAACUGUCUCCAAGGGUGCACUCUGGUUUCUCUUCAGAUCGUAUAAAUCUUAUAUUUAUACUGUACCUCUGUUAUGCUGACAUUGCAGUAAUAUGUGCGCACAUUUUAAAAAUCGGCAACAAAGCACAAGUAGGUUCUUUUUGAACAGUUAAAGUAUGGAUUUUAUAAGUGAAGCAUCAUAAUUUCCUAAGAGACAGAAAUGUGCUGUAUAGAACUCCAUGUAUUAAACAAAAAUAGGGGCAAGGGGGUGAACAACAAACUUCUGACUAUUUUUCUGCAUUUAAAAAUAAAAUUGG